AAGAGAAGAAGAACAAAAAAAAAAAAAGAAAAUAAAAGAAAAAAAAGAAAGAAAAAGGAAAAAGGAAAAGAGAAGAUGCUGUAUCCGUACUUGAGAUCCUUGACUAACCUUGUUCUUACUUUCAUUCUUCUGCCCCGGCUUUUUUAUUUUAUUUUUUUAAAGAUCAGUUUUUAUUCUAUUAUUAUGAUUUUUUUUAUUCUAAGCCUCCUUUGGUACCUUUUUUGUUAUUUCUUGUAAAUGGUGCUAUUGCGGCACAGCUGUCCGCAGUCAUUCUCUAUCAUUUUGGUAC